GAUUAAUUAGAUAUCCUUCUCUUCUUUUUGUCCUCUCUCCAUCAGCUCCUGGACAUGAAGGUGUUCGUAGACACAGAUUCGGACAUCCGCCUCAUACGGAGGCUGAAGAGGGACAUUUCCCAGCGAGGGCGAGACAUCAGCGGGAUCAUCAAACAGUACAACAAGUUCGUCAAGCCGGCGUUCGAGCAGUACAUCGAACCCACGGUGCAGGUGGCCGACAUCGUGGUUCCCCGAGGAGGGGAGAACUUCGUCGCUCUGGAUUUGAUCGUUCAGCAUGUUCACAGUCAGCUGGAGAAGCGUGAGAUCACUGUGAGAUCAGCUCUGGCUUCGGCUCAUCAGGGGCAGCCGUUACCUAAAACUCUCAGCGUGAUGGAGAGCACACCACAAGUCAGAGGCAUGCACACUAUCAUCAGGAACAAGGAGACGAACCGUGAUGAGUUUAUCUUCUACUCUAAGAGAUUAAUGAGGCUGCUGAUAGAACACGCUCUCUCCUUCCUGCCGCUCAAGCCGGUCUCCGUGGAGACGCCUCAGGGAGGAACGUAUGAAGGGAAGAGGCUGAGCGGGAAAAGAAUCACCGGUGUGUCCAUCCUCAGAGCAGGUGAGACUAUGGAACAGGCUCUGAUGGCCGUGUGUAAAGACAUCCGACUGGGAAAGAUCCUGAUCCAGACCAACCACGACACCGGAGAGCCAGAGCUCCACUACCUCCGUCUGCCCAAAGACAUCAGUGAGGAUUACGUGAUUCUGAUGGACAGCACCGUUUCUACCGGAGCUGCUGCUCUGAUGGCUGUUAGAGUUCUGCUGGAUCAUGACGUAGCGGAGGAUAAGAUCUUCCUGUUGUCUCUGCUGAUGGCGGAGAUGGGCGUCCACUCGGUCGCCUACGCUUUCCCCAAAGUCCGCAUCAUCACCACGGCCGUCGACAAGGAGGUCAACGACCAGUUUCACAUCAUCCCCGGCAUCGGUAAUUUCGGAGAUCGUUACUUCGGCACCGACGCUCCUUCAGACCUGUGUGAGAGCGACGAAGGGAUGGACCUCUGAACAGAGAGAGAGAGGGAAGGAGAGAGGGAGAGAGAG